GUAUCAAUGAUCGCGACUAGCUGGAGAUAUUCACAUGCGGAGACCUUGUAGAAGGUGGCGGCGUGUGCCAGAAUCCUCAUUUUAAUUGACGAUAAAGCCAUUUUGGAGUUAAACAUUCCUGCGUCAAACACUAGUCACCCGACGUGAUUCCCUGGAUUAGCCUGUUUUCUCUCUGAAGGAAUGUAAUGCAUGCAUGAUAUUUUCUCUUUAAAUAUUGUGGACGAAGAGCGGUCUCUUGUGGUUCUAGCAGAGAAUGAUCCUCCCCGUCAUCCAAUAUGUCUUUCGAAUCCGCAAAUCCCUGCAACAACAUAAUUUUGCCGCUCAGCGAAAAAACUUCAUACAAGGCCUCUGUGUUUUUCCCGGAAUAUAAAAAUGAGCAUGAAGGUGAGGAGUCCCCUAUGGGGGAGGUAAAGGUGGAGACGCGAUUGAAAGAUUUUGAGAAGGACUUAUCUGGUGUCCCAGAGAUGGUGGUUUGUGCACAGGAAGAGGCCCCAGGGUUCCCUCUCUCCAAGGUGAUAAUGGAUAAAUGGUCUCCUCGGGAGACCUCUUCCCUGUGUGACAAGAAAGUCGAAGCAGUGGAUGCCGUGGAGGAGGCACUUGGGGUCCACAAUGGAGAUCCUAAAAUCCAAGCAGUGGCCGACGGUGAGACAAUAAAAGACUCGGGGAGCUCUGUCGAGCUGGCGGUCAAAAUGAGCCACAGCAAGCUGACAGAGACAUCUGAUGCGGUUCACACCUUGCCCAAGGAUGAGGUGGCACUUUUGCGCAUGUCCAACACUCGCCGCUUCUCCUCCUUUCUGACACCCUCACCUUCCACUUCUCCUACCUCACUUCCUAAGAAGGAUGCAACCAUUUCUCAGAUGGAUGACAGCGACACCAGUGACUCAGACGAGGAACUGCUAAUGGAGCCAAAACAAAGAGACAUGGAGGACAGUGGCAACUGUCGGGUGCCCAUCAUUCUUAGCAAUAGCCAAGCCAACAAUCUACGAAGUCUCCUCAAGGUUCCUCCUCUUCUCGUGAGUGAUGGCCACAAUGAGAAGUUCAAUUGCAAGAAGUCGGUGUCAUUUUAUGAUGAUGUGACAGUGUAUCUGUUUGAUCGGGAAAUCCCCACCAAGGAGCUGACGAAGCAAAGUUUGUCUUCAGUCACCAAGACUCAAAGUUCACUGGACGGAGUCAACAUUAGUGACGACAGUUCAGAUGAGCUCAUGUCUGAGGAGAGUUCAGGGGUGGAAUUGAAUGUUAAGCCCACGAAGGAGCCUAAACCUGUGAUGCAUGUAUCUCCUUUUGAUGUCACCCCCUCCGAAACACCAGACUCAGACCUUGACUUUGUUGAUGGCUUGGUGUGGGGGGACAUGUUUCCAUUGAUGCCAUUGGAAGUGGCCCCCAAUGACCACUGUGCCCUUGGCACUGCCACCAAAGCGAAAACAGUUUUGCAGUUCUCCCGUUUCACCAUCUCACCCACAAGCGUUUCCCGGUUCUCCAUCACACCUGUGUCCGAUUCCGAUCUGGACUCAGUAGGAGGGAGCGGGGAAGACUGAGACAUCUCACCUUCUGAUUGAAGUUGGCCCACAGAGUUGUCAUGUCAGGAUCAAGCAAAUAGUUUCACCCCUGCAAGACACUGCGCCGAAUAAAACCCAGAACAAAUCUCGAGAAGUGCUACCGCUUCCUCUUUUUCUCCUCUUGUUGGGACAGGCCAGGGUUCAGUUGUGACACUUAGAGGCUUGUGGUUUGUGACACCAGUACCCAGACAUUCACACGUGAGAACACUAAAGUCUUGUUGCAGACUGAUGUCAUUUUAGGACGGUGAUUGUCUGACAUUGGUUCGGUCAAUGCAUUGCUGCAUACGACCCGGUUACCACAAGCCUGAAAAAGAUAUGAAGGACUACAUCCAAUUCUGAAGAUGUGUUUUGUGUCAAAAUUAAAUCU